ACUUCUGUACAGGCUUGGGGACUUGAAGGAGGGUAUCUAUUUAUUUCAGAUGCUUAUAGCUCCACAGAAGCAGGGGAGGUUCGUUCUAACAUGUAUUUCACGGGUGUAGUCAUGAGGAAUACUGCUAGACAAUGACUGGGCUUUGCUCCACAGAACCGAACAGCAUCCACAGAAACGUUGUAGGAGGGGGCACCGGAGCCCUAGCAAACAGGCUAAGUCCCUAAAGAGCAAUAAAGAAAAGGAGCACCCGGCGGCGAAGAAACACAGCCUGUCCCAAACCAUGCAAGAGAAACGAGGUCUACCCCAGCAUCCAUCGCAGGAGCAUUGCGCGUCAGAGGGACCCCUUCCUUACCUGGUGCUGCCAUUCUUAGGGUGCAGUCAGACCUAGACUACAACCCACUCUCCCGCUACCGCAUCCAUCAAGGCAUCUCUUCUCCCCCUCUUUAGCAACCCUUACGCAUGCGUGACUACAUGCCGGGUACGCUUCACAGAACUACGAUUCCCUUCGCUCACUGCGCGUUGGUUAAUACUGUUUCCUCCCGCCCUCUGCCAGUGGUUAUUUUUUGAUGUCUCUAUGACUCUUCCGCCCAUAAAGGACCAAAAGGAACGCGUUUGUGUGGGGAUGAGGUCAUGUGACAGUUGAGCCACCCAAUGAGACAACAGCUUAUGGCCAUGCCUGUGCGGUAGGAGGUUUGCUAGGAAGGCACGUUUCCUGUAAGUGAGGUCGGCGUUCAGAUUCAUCUGGCGGCAUGGCUCCCGUGCGCUGCUGCGUCCCUGGAGAGAGACUCUGCAGCUUAGAGGAAGGAACCCCUGGGAGCGGCACCUACACCCGUCAUGGUUCUAUCUUUGCCUCUCUGGCUGGUUGUCUUGUGAAGAAAAGCGAGAAUGGCACGCUCCCAGUGGUCUCUGUGAUGAGGGACGUGGAGUCUCAGCUUCUUCCUGAUGUGGGAGCCACGGUGACGUGCAAGGUUUGCAGCAUUAACUCUCGUUUUGCCAAGGUGCACAUUUUGUACGUCGGCUCUACACCACUAAAAUCUUCUUUCCGUGGAACAAUACGGAGAGAAGAUAUUCGAGCUACAGAGAAAGACAAGGUAGAUGUUUACAAGAGUUUCCGCCCAGGAGACAUUGUUCUGGCCAAAGUUAUCUCUCUGGGGGAUGCACAGUCCAACUACUUGCUGACCACAGCAGAAAAUGAGCUUGGGGUCGUGGUGGCUCAUAGUGAAGCAGGAUCACAGAUGGUGCCAAUCAGCUGGUGUGAAAUGCAGUGCCCCGGUACACAUGGUAAAGAACUGCGUAAGGUAGCCAGAGUACAGCCCCACUUUCUACACACGUAAUGAUUGAUGCACACUCUAAGAAGUACAACAAGUACACGAAAAGCUUUGCUCCAGGCUGUGAGUUAGAGGGGCCUGAAACCAGCCUCCUAUGCUAUUGCUGUAAAGGGACCUUAUGAGUGUGCAAGACAGGGCUGGUCCAGAGGAAAAGUAUGUUUGUUUCUGGAAUGGUCUGGGGACAAAGAACUUGACUACAGCUUCCUUUUCCUCUCAUUUUAUAUUGGAGUUGUACUGUUUUAUGAACCAAUAGCCUCUUCUCCAUUGUCCCUAUCUUUUCUGGUUGACUGAAAUCUUAGGCUCUAGCAAUCCCUGCCUUGGAAAGACAAAUAAAACUAGGUAAAAAGA